UGAGAGAAAUAAAGGCUCAGACAAAGCAAAAAGCAAACCUUAGAGAGAGAAAGACAGAAGAGAGCUCUCAAAAUCUCUCUUCUGCUCCAUUUCUUCAUAAUUUUAUCCCAUUGUUUUUCUAAUUUAUUUAUAUUUAUUGUAUGGUCUACAUAUAGUUUUGAUUUAAUUGAAAACCUUAUUAAAAAUGGCGGAGCAGAAGAGCAACAACAAUAAUAAUAGGUGGAGUUGGGAUGUGCCAGGGUUUCAACCUCGGAAGUCGACGACGGAGCACGAAGAUUAUCAGAGACCGUCACCGGCGCCGUUGGCUCGCCGGUACUCGAUCUCUGCCGCUGCUGCUGCCGGUGCGCCGCCGCAUUUUGAACUAUCUAAGCACGCUCUCAACUCUAAGCUCUUGAAAUUGAAGGACAAAUUAAAGCUUGUCAGGGAAGAUUACACAGAGUUGAAACAAGAAGCGAGCGACCUGCAGGAAUAUUCGAACGCGAAACUAGACCGUGUGACACGCUACCUUGGUGUACUUGCUGAUAAAACCCGCAAGCUAGAUCAAGCUGCACUUGAAACAGAAGCUAGAAUCUCACCCCUGAUAUUGGAGAAGAAAAAGUUAUAUAAUGACUUAUUAACUGCCCAAGGAAACAUAAAGGUGUUUUGUCGUGUGAGACCUCUUUUUGAAGAUGAAGGUCCAUCCAUUGUCGAAUUCCCCGAUGAUGUUACUCUUCGUAUCAGUACUGCUGAUGAUAGCGUAGAUAAUCCGAAGAAGGAUUUUGAGUUUGACAGGGUUUAUGGACCUCAUGUAGGACAAGUUGAACUUUUUAGCGAUGUUCAGCCAUUUGUUCAGUCAGCAUUUGAUGGAUACAAUGUGGCUAUAUUUGCUUAUGGGCAGGCACACUCAGGAAAGACCCACACUAUGGAAGGAUCCAGCCACGAUCGUGGUUUAUAUGCUAGGUGUUUCGAGGAGCUCUUUGAUCUAUCCAACUCUGAUGCAACGUCUACAUCCAAAUAUAAUUUCUCAGUUUCCAUUUCUGAACUUCAUAAUGAACAGAUGCGAGAUCUGCUCAUACAUUCUGGAACUGAUCUGCCGAAGGCUCGCAUGGGAUCAUUGGAUUACUUUGUAGAACUUCUGCAGGAGAAAGUUGAAAAUCCAAUGGAUUUUGGCAGAGUACUCAAAUUGGCUUUUCAGAAUCGAGGAAGCGAUACGUCAAAGUGUAGAGUUUCUCAUCUAAUCAUCACAGUACAUAUACAUUAUACCAACUUGAUCACUGGAGAGACCUCAUACAGCAAGCUGUCUCUUGUUGAUUUGGCUGUAAGUGAAAGUACUGUUGAAGAGGAUAGGGGGGAGCAUGCAACAGAGUUGCUUCAUGUCAUGAAAUCACUUUCUGCAUUGGGAGAUGUUUUGAAUUCCUUGACAUCAAAAAAGGACAUUGUUCCAUAUGGAAAUUCAGCGCUCACCAAAGUACUUGCAGACUCACUAGGUGGAAGUGCAAAAACACUUUUGAUUGUUAACAUCUGUCCAAAUGCUUCAAAUUUGUCUGAGACGUUAUCGUCCCUCAGUUUUUCUGCUAGAGCUAGAAAUGCCAUACUAAGCCUUGGGAAUCGAGAUACAAUCAAGAAAUGGAGAGAUAUUGCCAAUGAUACACGCAAGGAAUUCUAUGACAAGGAGAAAGAGAUUAUUGAUCUGAAGCAAGAAAUAGUUGAGCUAAAACAGGAACUGAAACAGGCCAAUGAUCAAGGAGUUCUACUCUUCAAUGAAGUUCAGAAGGCAUGGAAAGUUUCUUUUACACUACAGUCAGAUUUAAAGGCUGAAAAUGUUAUGAUUAUGGAUAAACUUAAAAUAGAGAAGGAUCAAAAUGCUCAAAUUAGAAAUCAAGUAGCUCACCUCUUACAGUUGGAGCAAGAGCAGAAAUUGCAGAUACACCAACGUGAUUCAACUAUUCAGAUGUUGCAGGCCAAACUGCAAGCUCUUGAAUCACAGUUAACUGAGGCAGCACGUGCCAGUGAGGCUAGGUUAAAAGAUGGGUCAGAGUCGAGAUCAUCAGACCAAACUGGUUUGAAGUCAACAAGGGAUGACAUGGACUCAAUAGCUGUUACCAAGAGGCUAGAAGAGGAACUUUUAAAACGUGACGCACUUAUUGAGAAAUUGCAUGAAGAAAAUGAGAAGUUAUUUGAUCGUUUGACAGAGAAAGCCUCUCUAGCUGGAUCAACACAGGUGUCUAGUCCGUUACAAAAGGUUCCAACCGCUCAGGGUAGAGAAACUGGAAGAAAUGAUAUCAAUGUCAAAGGACAUGCUACAGAUGUGCUAGCAUUGCCAUCACCGACUGAUAAGUCUGAUAGCACUGUUGCUUUAGUUAAGUCUGGUGGUGAAAAGGUCAAGACUACCCCAGCUGGCGAAUAUCUUACUUCUGCAUUGAACGAAUUUGAUCCUGAUCAAUAUGAUAGUCUUGCUGCAAUCUCUGAUGGAGCAAACAAGCUUUUGAUGCUGGUUUUGGCAGCAGUCAUCAAAGCAGGUGCCUCUAGGGAGCAUGAAAUACUUGCUGAAAUUCGAGAUGCCGUCUUUGCUUUCAUUCGUAAAAUGGAGCCAAAGAGAGUGAUGGAUACCAUGCUUGUUUCCCGUGUUAGGAUUUUGUAUAUAAGAUCCUUGCUUGCGAGGUCGCCGGAGUUGCAAUCUAUAAAGGUUUCUCCUGUUGAGCGCUUCAUGGAGAAAGCUAAUAGUGGGCGAAGCAGAAGCUCUAGCCGUGGUAGUAGCCCUGGCAGAUCGCCUAUUCGUUAUGAUUCAAGUAGGAAUGCACUGGUUGAUGCUGCACAUAUUCAAGGGUUUAAAGUAAAUUUAAAGCCAGAGAAGAAAUCGAAAUUAUCAUCUGUCGUACUGAAGAUACGUGGUAUUGAUCAGGACAUACAGAGGCAGCAUGUAACUGGUGGAAAGCUUAGGGAGAUUACUGAGGAAGCUAAAAGUUUUGCGGUUGGGAACAGAGCUCUUGCUGCUCUGUUUGUACAUACUCCGGCUGGCGAGCUUCAGCGCCAAAUCAGAAACUGGCUCGCCGAGAACUUCGACUUUCUUUCUGUCACUGAUGACACAGUUGGUGGAGCGACGGGUCAGCUAGAGCUUCUCUCUACUGCAAUAAUGGAUGGAUGGAUGGCUGGACUAGGUGCUGCAGUGCCCCCUAACACUGAUGCACUUGGUCAGCUCUUAUCUGAAUAUGCAAAAAGAGUUUAUAAUUCCCAACUCCAGCACUUGAAGGUACUUCCAUGUGAUCUUUGGAUUUUACUCCCUGCAUCUCAUACUACUAACCUCUUGCUUUUUGCCUAUGCCUAUUUGCUUGAACCCUUUCAAUGAGAAACUUUUCGUUGG